UUAGACCUAAACUUAGAAAGUAGGUUGUAGGUAAUUUUUUCUGAGGAAUAUUCCAAAGUAUUUUGCAGAAUCUAAGAUGAGAAAAAUGUAAUUUUCUUGAUUUUUGUUUCAUUUCUUCUAAGUUAACUUAUGGAUCGCUAAAACUUGAUGGGUUUGUUGUAAUGAUGGCAGGGCCAAACGAGUUUUUCUCUGGCGUUAUUGGAAAGGUGACUUUCGUCAACAAGUGGCCAUUGCUUUUGAAAGCAACUCAGGAUGAUGACAUUCCAACCCCUGGCUAUCUCUUCAAAGAAAUAGCAGAUAUAACAUAUGAAUCUGGAAGCAAUUGUCAAUGUUUGGUUGACUUCAUGGUGGAAAGACUAGAGAAGAAAUCAUGUCAUAUCAAAUACAAGGUUCUCAAGAUACUGCUUCAUUUGGUUGAGAAAGGCCAUCCAUCUUUCUGUGAAGGUCUGAGACGUAAGGCUCAAGGAAUUCAAUCGUCUGCAAAAUGUAGUGGUCCUCCUGAUCCCCUUCAUGGAAUGGCGCCAUACGUUGCUGUGAGAAAAGCAGCUAAGGCAUUGAGUGAGAGGUUAUUUGACACAGAGUUCACAAACGCCAGACCAUCGACCAAUCAAUCUUGGAAGCAAGGUCACAUGACACAUGACAUUAAGCAGUCAAGAGAGGGCAGCAUUACCAAGAAGAUGGAAGGAUUCGGAAACACUUCAGUUGUGUCACAGAAACCAGUUACAAUAGAAUCCCUUGGAGAGACGGUGAAGGGUGGCUUUCAACAGAUAGCCAGCAAGCUGAGUGGUGAGAACAAAAGUGCAAUGACCUUUAACCAGGCUGAUACAGGUUACAAGCCUCUCCAUGGUUACGACCCGACCUCCAUCAACAAUCCUCAGAGCCCAGUCAGGCAUGGCUUGGUGAGCAGCCGGUCUGCUGAGUGGUCCCCUCAUCGUUCUGUUACAACUGACUACUCUCCAGUUACAAUGGAUGAAGCAGAAGAUGAGACUAGAGAAGCGAUCUCCAGGACUUCAAAGACAUACUCAUCCUCAUCAAGAUGUUUGCCACAUCAGAGAAUAGAUGUUGAAAGAUCAUCUAUGCCUUGCAUAUCAAAAGAGGAAGACACCAAUCUUAUUGAUACAUCAUCAGUCUCCAGAGGGAGGGAAAGCAAUGGAUCAAAGAGCAGUGAUCAGCUGAGUGGUGCAGGAUCAGACCUAUCAGAAAGACUUGCAUCAGUGAGUGUAGUCGAUUGGUCAGAAGAAGUGUCCACUGUAGAAUCGUUCAUCUUAUGCCAUCAGGAAGCCAGACCAACACCAACCAAAGAACAGCUUCAGAAGUUUGUCAAGAGGUAUGUGAAUAUUUCAUAUUCUCUCUGCUUAUAUGUUUGGUGAUGAUGUCAUUCUUGUUGGAUGUGUAAAUUGU